AAUGGGCCUCCAUCGACAACCCAAUUUGAAAGGUUUACAAAAAUACAACAUUCAGCUAGGGUUUAAGCCUCGGUUGCUCCAAUUCUCUCUCAACAAUGGCGAAGAAGAGAACGAGACAGCAGAAUCCUGAGCCCUUCCUCGCCGACGAAAACGCCGCCACUGUCCCCAGGAAACGGAAUAAACCUCCCAAACACCACCAGCUUGAACAGAAGCUUAUAUCGUCGGGUACGAGCUCGAAGAUAUUGAAAGAAGCUCUAAUUCAGCAAAAAGAGAUAAACGAGGAGAACGAAGGGAGAAACCCUAACAACCUGGUAUUUGCCGAAGAUACCGCGACGGAGGUGGUUUUGGAGGAAGAUGAUAUUGACGACUUCGGUGGGUUCUCGGAGACUCAAAGCCAGUUUGGAGGUUACGAGGAAGAGGUCGAUGAAGAGGAUGAGAAGCUACUGGAGGCCUUCAUAUCGAAGGAUGCAGGACGGCAACAGACAUUGGCCGACCUGAUUGUUGCGAAGAUCAAACAAAAGGAUGAACAAGUUUCUUCAGAUGUCCGCCCUCUACCCAAAUUGGAUGAAUCUGUCAUUGAUCUGUACAAGGGAGUUGGAAAGCUUCUUAAUAAAUACACAGCAGGAAAAAUUCCCAAAGCUUUCAAACACAUAUCUUCGAUGCAGCUUUGGGAGGAAGUCCUGUACCUGACUGAACCUGAGAAAUGGUCGCCAAAUGCUAUGUACCAAGCCACAAGGAUUUUUGCUUCCAAUUUGGGUGUGAAAAAGGCAGAACGUUUUUACAGGCUUGUCUUACUGCCCAGGACCCGUGAUGAUAUCCGAAAGAAUAAGAGAUUGCAUUUUGCCCUGUAUCAAGCUUUGAAGAAAUCCAUAUACAAACCGGCUGCCUUCAAUAAGGGAAUAUUGUUCCCAUUGUGCGAGUCUGGAACUUGUAAUCUGAGGGAAGCUGUUAUCAUUGGGAGCAUUAUUCAGAAGGUCUCCAUUCCUCCACUUCAUUCGAGUGUAGCACUAUUGAGGCUUGCUGAGAUGGAGUACUGUGGCACAACAAGCUAUUUUAUAAAGCUAUUGAUUGAGAAGAAGUACGCUUUGCCAUAUCGGGUACUUGAUGCUAUGGUUGCUCAUUUCAUGAAAUUUGUUGAGGAUGAAAGGAUAAUGCCUGUGAUCUGGCAUCAGUCACUUCUUGCAUUUGUACAAAGGUACAAAAAUGAGCUGACGAAGGAGGACAAAGCUAACCUUAACCUUCUAGUCGGAAACCAAAGGCACAAAUUAGUUACGCCUGAAAUAUUGAGGGAGGUAAAUAGCAGCCGCAACCGCGGUGAUAAAGAGGACGAUCUUAUGUCAAUUUCGACUCCAAUGUCUGUAGUCAAUAAAACAAUAGAAGAAGACAGGUUUGACAUUCCAGAUGUGCCAAUGGAAGAGGACUGAGUACAUCUACCACAAUAUUCUUGUGUUUUGUUAGGGUGAUAACAUCUUGCAAUUCUAUUCACGCUAUUUAACAAGGAAGGGUUUUAGUUUAUGUUGCAGUUUCUUUCGGUGUCUGAUAUAGGAUGAACCAGUUUAUGGUUGAGAGUCUGCUUCAGAUGCUUUUAAUUGGUGCAGGACUUGCGAGCAAGGGUAUCAGUUUUGAGUCACACCAUGCUUCCUACUACAGUGGGCAGAUUCAUAGUGAGGAUCGUAUAGUAUUUGUUGUUUUCGGUCCAGACCCAAAUAAAAGCAUAAAGCUUGGGUAAAAAUUGAGUGUCUUUUAGAGGAGAUUUUGACAUAUCUGGUUAUUUAUUAGGCUGCUGUUAGAAAUUCCUUUUGAUACACCCUUCUGUUUAACAUUUUUUAUCUUCCUUAUUUAAACCAUGUUUGUGUUGAAUA